AUGCCUCCUGGCGAAGCUACGUACAUCUGGGAUAUUGCCGGGACAAAGAAAUUCUGGGCGAAGGGGGAAUACUGUGUUCAUUGGAUCAUAGUACACGGCAAACCAACCAUGUACACUUUUGAGUGUCUCCAAGACCAUACUAUCUCAGAAGGUAGUCGCCUUCUGCUUGUUCCGACCAUCGAAUAUGUUUUGAACCUUACUAUCCGAACCCUGACCGGUCCUUAUCGAUUAAUGAGUGUUGAUAGAGAUAUCCGCUCACAGCCCGUGCCUGUCCUGGCGAUGACGACCUUUUCCCAGUCUUCACAGAUAGGUUGGGGACUGUCAAGUGACCAGACUUGUAUGUUUGGGUGA